CAUACAAAAGAUGUGAAACCCUGACUGACAGCAUUACACAGGUAUAUUUUUCACCAGAUUAAGGAUGUUUUUAUACCUUUAUAUUGUCCUACUCUUAAAAAUGCCAGUAUUUCUAGGAAUAAGUUUGGAACCAGGUGCAAAGGCGUUGGUCAAGGCAAUGGGCAAAACAGUAUAUCUGCCCUGCAAAGCGAGCGGUCUGAGCAAUUCAGAUUACAUCCAUUGGUAUCAAAUAAAAGACGGUGAAGCCCCGUCAAGGGUCCUCUAUAUCAGUAAAGAAGGUGCAGUCGCUCGUGAUACCAACAAUCCCCAAGCAAACGACUUCAAUGUGGACAAAACAAAGCUUUAUGAUCUAAAACUGAGUGACACUAAGAAGAGUCAUGCUGCCGUUUACUUCUGUGCCUACUGGGACUCAAGCGACGGAGACAAGAAAGUCUUUGGUUCGGGUACAAGACUAUAUGUGACAGACCAAGGUAAAGACACGACCAAGUCACCAACUCUAACAGCAUACCUACCAACAACAAAAGAAAGUGGCAAACAGACAAGGAUAUGCCAGGCCACUGACAUGUUUCCGGACUUGGUGAAAUUCAACUGGAAAAAGAAGAGCAAUACUGGAGACUGGACGGAUGUAUCGGAGGACAAUGUUGUGGAGCAGAGGAAUGUUGAUCCAGUCAUCGUGACAAGUAUAUUGAUCGUAGAUCAAUACACGGCUGGAGAAGACCUCUAUCAAUGCACUCUUACCUAUGAAGGAGGCAUGAAACAAAAAACACUGCAGAAUGAUAAAGACCCAGCGAACAACAAUGAAGGCGCCACUGUGAAACCAACAUGCAGCCCCGACAAUAAGACCUCAACAAUUCAGAUAUCAGGCUCUUCAGACCAAAUACCCAGUCUGUACCUGUUUGUCUAUGCGUAUGGUGUCAUGCUCAUGAAGAACGGGGUAUAUUUUUGUGCUGUCCUUAUCGUUCUAUUAAAGAGAAAAGUUGGAAAUAAAAAAGAAAGCGCUUAGAGAUUAAAGGCAUAAGAUAAACAUCAAGCAAACAAAGGUUUAUCAUAUAGAGUAUGUUUAGCUAAUUUCUAAAGAUGCAUGUCUGCAACUAUAUUAUCUCUGAUUAAAUGUAUUGCUUUUAAAUGUAUUUGUUGUAGAUCAGCUUAGAACUGUUUUAUUUUUGUAUCUUUGAAAUGCAAUAUUUUGAUUUUUAAAAUACCAACAUAUAAAAAUGCUUUGUUUUCCCAUCAUAA